AUGUCUCUUCUACCGUCACUUCUAGCCCUAGCUGCUGGUCUACAUGAAAGUGUUGGAAAUGUGGACUCUCCACUUGUCUCCCCCGCCCACCCCACAAGACCAUGGUCUGGGACAGCUGCAAGGAAUGUCAAAUACUGGGCUGAUCGAUGCAUUUAUAAGCACAGCUCUUCAAGCCAAAGAACAAUUGAAAAUGGCGUGGUGUGUGGCGAAGAUCUCUUCUACGCUGGUGUUCCUAUAGUAUGGUCAGAGGUAAUCCGAGCGUGGUUUAAGGAGAAAGUGCACUUCGUUUACGGGAAGGGGCCAAAGAAUAAGGAUGCAGUAGUCGGACAUUAGACUCAGCUGGUUUGGUAUAAAUCCUACCUGAUUGCAUGUGCAGUCUCUAAGUGUCAACAUAAGAUAUAUAACUAUUUCUAUGUUUGCUACUACUGUCCCGGGGGUAAUGCUAUUGGAAUUAAUUACUAUACACCUUACAAGCGAGGGCAACCAUGUCACAAUUGUCCUCAGAAUUGUGAUGAUGGACUAUGCACCAAUCCUUUAUAUGAAGAUGUAUACUCCAAUUGUGUCAACAUAAAGAAGAGAUAUACGUGUAAUAAUCCACUAAUGAAACCAUACUGCUCAGCGUGUUCACUGGCCCAGGAUGUUGGCUGGAACGUUGACCACGCCACGGAUAUCUGCUGGCUGCUGCUUGUGCCUCGGCAGCCACCAGGUUAG